AUGGAAAAUAUUGCUAAUUUAAAGAAAGAAUUGGAAGAUAAAAUUAUGGAAAAAUCUUGCGAGUUGGAAAAACGGAUUUUUACCCUUGAGGGCAGAAUUCAAGAAGUGCAAGGCAAGUUUGUCGCUUUAGACGUCAAGACCAUCGACCAACGACAGCGUGGACUUCCGUUGGAAAAAUCAAGUGAGGUUGGAGCUUCUGUUGGGUCAGCUGGUCAUCUGCGAGUGAAACCGCCGCAAUUUGAUGGUACGACGCCUUGGAAUGUCUACCCGCAUCAGUUUGAGGCAGCCGCGAAUGCAAAUGAUGGGUCAGCGAUUGAAAAGGCAGCUGCAGUUACUUUGGCCCUACGAGGAGAUGUUGCAGCUAUUCUUCAAAGAAUAUCACCCGAAGAGGUCUACGAACAACUAGUGAGACAUUGGAGAUGCGAUACGGCCGGUCACAUUUAG